AUGUUUCUUGGUAUCCCUGGAAAUGGUUUGGUGAUCUGGAUCGCAGGGUUUAAGAUUAAGAAAACGGUCAACACCAUCUGGUACCUCAGCCUUGCUGUGUCCGACUUCCUCUUCUGUGCCUUCCUGCCUCUAACUGUGGUCUAUUAUGUUAAAAGAAGUUGGGUCGUUGGGCGCUUCAUGUGCAAAUUGGCAUCCUUUGUCGUGUUACUCAACAUGUUAAGCAGCAUCUUCCUCCUCCUCCUCAUUAGCGUGGAUCGCUGUGUUGUGGUGAUGUUUCCUGUUUGGGCACAAAACAAGCGCAGCAAACGCAGGGCCUUGGUGAUGGUUCUACUGGCCUGGAUUUUCUCAGUAUUGCUUAGCUUGCCAGUGGCCAUUUUCCGAAAGACAGCGGACGGCAACUCAAAACAAAUCUGUUACAACAACUACGCGCGUGACGAACAACAUAUUACUGUAGUGGUAUGCCAUUUCAUUAUUGGAUUUGUGAUCCCCUUACUGAUCAUCAUCAUUUGUUAUGUUGUCAUCAUCCGAAAGCUGAAAAAUAACCAAAUGGCAAGCUCCAAUAAGCCAUUUAAGGUCAUGACAGUACUGAUAGUUGCUUUCUUCAUUUCCUCGAUGCCUUAUCACUUUUUUAAGUUAUGGGAACUAAAUCGAAAAAAUAGCAUUGUCUUUGAUGGACAAAAAUUUGCAAGCACUCUUGCCAGCACCAACAGCUUUAUGAACCCUUUGCUUUAUGCUUUCAUGGGAAAAGACUUUAAGAAGAAAUGUUAUGCACUUCUGUCUAAGAUUGAGAACGCAUUCGAAGAGGAAGCCAAGAGCACACUCUGA